UCCCCAGGCGCCGACUCCGCGCGGCCCGGCCGCCUUCCUCGCAGCGCGGACGGCUGGCUGCCCCGCUGUGGGGUCGGGAAGACAGGGCCGUAGCACCUGGCAGUUUGUUUGGUCCGGGGUUUAAGUCAUGGACCUCCUAAGGGAGGUUUUUGUUUUCUGUUUUUAGUUUCAGAAACGACUUAGUGGAUGGAACCGUGCAUCGCCGUUCUUGUCGGGACCAGCACUGCCCGCUCCUCCCGGCGCUGACAGGAAUAAAGAAAGUGAUCCCAAAAAGGGGAAAAAGUCACAGAAGAAUGUCAGUCAACCAAGAAAGGAAGAGUCAAGGAGUUCCUGAAGAUGCUCUGGCUAACCAAGACACAUCUUCAUUAACCGAUGCUGUAGAGCAAGUUGCAAAGCAACAGCAAUCACAAACAUCAGAAAUAGAAAAAAACAAAAAAGUUCUGUUUCAUUUACAGAAUGAACUUCAUGAGUUAGAAAAACAAAUAGCAACUGUUUCUGCAGAAACUAAAGAAACAGAAAGGCUAAUUUAUCAGCAAGAUGUUGCCAUAGAGAAUAGCAAACUUCAGUGUGAAAACCUAGAAACACAAAUCAAAUCCUUACAUACAGAAAAUGUAAAGCUUAAAUUUGAUAUAGAAGCAGCCCAAGAAGAUUUUGAGGAACACAUGAUAAAAUAUAAUGAAUACUAUGCAAAAAUUAAACUGCAUAAAGAUACCUUGGAGGAGGAAGAAAGCAAAUGGUCAUUUAUGAUUGAACUACAUGAAAAACAAGAUCUUGUUAAAAAACUGAAGAUAAUGAAAGAGGAACUUAGGCAAGAUCUCCAGAAUCCAGAAGGAAACCGGAUGAAACAAAUACAGGAAGACAUUACAAAGCUAAAGGAUAAAAUCACAACUACAAAAGAAUCUAUCAUUGAAAAAACUUGUUUUCUUGAGGAAGAAAAUAAGACACAUGAAAAAUUAAGAAAAGAAAUAGAGGUACAAAAUAAGAGAUAUGGUGCAAUUCUUAAGCGUUUGCAUUGUCAGCUGAACAAGCUUCAGUCAAAUAGAAACCAAUGGCAGUGGAACAUUCAACAACUAGAAAAAACUGCCGCUGAACUAAGAAAAUGCAUUGCAAUGAAAGAUUAACAUGGCCAUAGGACAAUGUAGAACACAGAGUAUUGCCACAAAAAUUAUAGGCAAGAAUGUUGAGAAAUCAUUCAAGUUCUUGUUUCCAACUAAUUAUUUUUUACUGAAGUAUAGUUGACAUACAAUAUUAUAUUUGUUUCAGGUGUGCAACACAGUGAUUCUACAUUUAUAUAUCUUACCAAUGAGCUUACACUGUCAGAGGUGUCUUAAUGGCAGAUAUAUUUAUCUUUAUUUAAUUAGUCCUUCCAUCCCUACAAUUGAUAGCAGUAGAAAGACAAUAGGAAGGCUUACAGAAGAAUAGUAGAUGACUCCAUGAACAUUUUUCAUGUAUAAGAUGUAUUGUACUCAUGAAUGCCUGUUUAUAAAUUGCUGUCUUCACUAUUAUUUGAAGUAAAUAUUUAGAA